GAGCAAGUGAGGCCCAGGAGGUGAGGGUCUCCACGAGGGGUCUGGGGUCUCCGAAGGGGAAGGAACUCAGGAAGGGCACAGGGGUCCUGCGCUGCCUGGGACCGGACCGCAGUCUGCCCAGCCCAAGGGGCACCGGCGCCCCCUCUUCCCCCCCUCCCGUGUCACCCCCGCCCAGGCUGCGGCGCAGGCGCGAACCGAACCCGCUUUUGCUCUGCUCCAGCCCUAGCUGCAGUUCGCUCGGCGGAGACGGCAGGCAGAUCGGGACCCAACAUGCUGGCCUGCAACCCCUCCUGCGCCUGCAGCCGCAGUGCCAUGGUGGAGGAGAGCAAGUGGAAGGGGGUCUUGUCCUACCUGCACCUCUUCUACGAGGACUGUGCUGGCACAGCUCUCAGUGAUGACCCCGAAGGAUCCCUGGCCCUGUGUCCCCGCCAGCCCUGGCCUUCACUGUGCUGGAAGAUCACCCUGUCCACAGGGACCCUGCUUCUGCUCCUGGGGAUAGCAGCUCUGACCACUGGCUACGCGGUGCCCCCCAAGCUGGAGACCGUCAACAAUGUAGAACUGCCGAUGCUGGAUGAGCGGGCUGCCGACUACAACAAGGCCCUCAGCAUCUGCCGCCUGGUAGGCACUGCGCUCUGUGGGGCAGCCGGGAUCCUGCUGACCGUCUGCCUUGUGUGGGCCACGUCAGGCUGCCUGAAUCCGGACGUCAAGGUGGAGCCCUUGGACACCGAAGCUGACAGCCAUGUGGAGGUGUUCAGGGAUGAGCCAGAGCAGCAGCUGUCCCCCAUCCUUCCUGGUGCCAGUGGCCAGUCAUGGUUCUCAAGCCCCACCAGGCCCUCCGGGCAGUGCUCCGCUCAGACCAUGGAGCCCAAGAGAGACUCUUGAGUGCCUGUGUGGCAGCUCAAGGAGAGCUGGACCCCUUCCUCCUGCCAUCACGCCUCGCCCUCCCACUGUCCUCCAACUUCUCCCUCUUAGCAGGGCCCCUUCUCCCCAAGGCCCCAGAAGGCCCGGCUCCAGGUCAAGCUUGGAGCUCCGCUCCCCACACCCCCGCCGGUGUGGCACCUCUGUUCAAGGUCUCCCACCCCUCCUCCCCAGGCCCUUCAGGUCCGAGGACAUCUCCCCCAACCUGUCGCCACCCUCCUGUCUCGGACUCUGGGCGCCCCUUGCCCUCAGACUAUCAGUUCCUGCCUGUCUGACAUCUGA